ACCAUUUUGUGCAACGCUCCGUUCUGCACGUACACGUCAAAGUGAGCCCACGUCACUGCUGUGUUCGCCUGCAGGGGAAGCUGUUCAGUCGCUUCGCUUCGUGCAGCACUUCUCAUAUAAAUAAAUUCAAACGGACAGCAAACUGCGCGGAACAACACCUCCGUCUAUUGGUGCGGGUCUCGGGAGUCAACGUGACGCAGCCCGGGCGCCAAUCGGCGAGUGGGGCACUGACACCUGACAGCUUCAUCUCUCCCACCACUCGCCGGUCGUCUUCCUCCUUCCCCCUUCCUCCUCACGACUACCGAGCUCGGCUCCGCAGUGCAGGGUCUGCGGCGUUGUAUGGAAGCAGAGUCCGUGCGCCCUACCGUAGUCAUGCUGCCCCCCAAGACCUGCCUGCCCAGGAACUACAGCUGCAUCGCCGGGCUCUUCGGCAGCCUGGCGGCGGCCAACACACGCCUGGAAGAUGGCGAGGAGAUGGACAUCAUGGACGGCACCUGCGAGCCCGUCGAGAGCCCCGUCGUGGACGAGCGACCGCGCGGCCGGGAGACCUUCCUGAAGCCCCCGCAGAGUCCCAGCCUGCGCCGGAGAUGCAAGUCUCUCCCGACUUCCACGGAGAGGGCCAAGCUGGAGAUCUCCCGCAGCAGAAGUCCGACAAGUCAGAAAAAGGUUCGCUUCGCCGACUCUUUAGGGCUGGAGCUCAUCUCCGUGAAACACUUCGACGACUCGGACGAGCCGGAAGUUCCCGAGCGUAUUUUGGCCAAGUUACCCAAAUACACGGACUUCAACCACAUGGCCACCAAGUUCCCCCGAGCUCCUCCGCAGUCCGUCUUCAUGGAGCUGCAGUUCUCCAACCCGGCGGCGCUUCCAGGCUUCGAGCAGAGGGUGCGUGAGGUGAAAGUCCUGCUGGAGCGAGUGGAGACGGACGAGUUCAGCCUCUCCGGCUUCGUGCGCGUCUUGAACAUGGCCUUCGAGAAGAGCGUCUCUUUGCGAUACUCCCUCAACAACUGGCUCACCUGCAUGGACUCCUUGGCGUCUUACGUGCCCGAGUCCAGCGACGGCGCCACGGAUAAGUUCUCCUUCAAGGUGGUCAUGCCCACCUACAUGGAGAACGGAGGCAUGCUGCAGUUCGCCAUUAAAUACCAGGUCGGCGGCCAGGAGUUUUGGGAUAACAACAACGGGAAUAACUACAAAGUGCGGCGUCACCGCUUCAAAAUGUCACCGCCAAAGGAAUGGGAGAACGGAUGGAUCCACUUUAUAUAAUAACUCUUAUCACACUUAACGUUCCUCCCGGGUAUAUUUUUAGUGGUGACUAAAGUGUACUUGACCGUUUCAGAUAUUUGGAAACAAAUCCAUACAAUUGAAUAACAUGACCCCGCAUUUGAUGUUAGGGGUUCCGUACAGCUCGGGGCCCUUUUGCGGGCAUGUUCACCUUACGUAACCCGGGAACAUGUGCCGGGGGAAAAACGUGCUCUUUGCUGGAGAUGCUGCAACUUUUAUCAUGCCAGUCAUUUGCGAUUUGAUGUAGAUGCCAUGCAACAAUGCUUGCAUAUGAAAGGGGUGCUUCAUGAAGAGGUUUAUCUCUUACACAUUAUCUUCCAAAAGUUUCUGGUCAUUAUGCCUCUUAUCUAGAGCACAGGUGUCAAACUCCAGGCCGGGGGCCGAAUCUGGCCCGCCGCAUUAUUUUAUGUGGCCCGCGAAAUAAAUAUGCGUUAAUAACAUGCUUAAUCUUUCCUUACUAAAUAUAUUUGUUCUUUCCCUUUUGACAUUACAAAUCAUGUACUGCAUGCAAUUGCAUAUGUUUUAAAAUUCAAUAUUAUCAAAUUAUUAUAUUAUCAUGUAUUCCAAAAAUAUUUUUUGUUAAAAUAUGGAUACAUAUUGUACUUAAAUAUCUGCUUGGCUUACGAUUUCUAAACAAAUUAUAAAUCAAAUUGUAGACUGUAAAAUUGACAAUAGAUUUUACGGUUAAAUUCCGCCGACUAAGUUUCUUCUUGUAAAAUAGACAUUGGUACCGUUUUUCCCCCCAUAUACAGUAAGAGAAAAAAAACAUAAAAACAAGAUUUUACGGUAAAAAACAAACAAACUGGCAGCUCUGUUGCAUUAUUUUUUCCGCCAAAAACAGUGGUAUUGUUUUUCCAUUCCAUUUAUUAAUUUUUUUUUAUAUGCUGUAAAAAAACAAACACUGCUUUUACUGUAAAAUUCUGGUGACUGAGCUGCCAGUUUUUAAAGUAAAACUGUAAUAUUUUUUUGCAGUUUAUGUAAAAAAUAUAUUGUUAAUGUAUCAUAUAUACAUAUACAUGUACAUUCAUAUAUUACUCAUUGUUAAAAGCGUCCCUCUGAGAGCAACCAUAACUGCGUGGCCCUCAAUGAAAACGAGUUUGACACCCCUGAUCUACAGUAUUAUUUCAUGCCAUUGAAAUGCCUUAUGCAUGUGAUGGGAAGUAUGGUAGUAAAUAUAAUUAGUUUGAUCAUCGUUACUAAAUGCAUUUAUUUUGUCCACAUCACUGCAUUUUGGCAAUUUCAUUGUAUCUAUAACACUGUGACACAAUGUGCAGUAGGUUUGAUUUUUUUUUAGGUAUCAUCCCCAUUGUAGAAAUACAAAAAGUAGCAUUUAUAGCUGUUAAGUCGACAGCAAACAUGCUGUGGGUGUUUUGUCUGUGAGUGCAAAGAUAUAUUAUUUUUGAAGUAUUUUUUAACAGAUGGCGUUGUACUACUAGUGCAUUUUUGCAGUUCAAGCCUAUUUUUCACUGACAAUGUAGAAAAAGAGCAAAUCACUGUUAAACUAUUUCAGUCUCUGUUUCCAAGUACUCCCCAACAUACAGUCUGUCUCUAGUCUUAUUCUAUCUAUAGUAUAUGCUAAAAUUGUCUUCCAAAUUAUUUUCAAAGACUAGUUAUCUUCGUCUCUAUGUGCGACCUCGCCAUCAUGUAAGUAAGAGCACGAUUAAAUUCACAGCUCACACUGGAACACAACAUCGCUUUAUUUACAUUCCAGCGGUGUCAGAAGAGAGCUCUUCAUUUUAUGAUACCAUCCGGUUGACGCAAAAGUAAACAAAAAACGUUUUCCUGUGAGCACUUAGCUUUUGGAGCACUUCCACUUUAAAACGUCAAGUCCACUUGGUCAAAAUGCCUCAUGGUUCAAUAUGGCGCGGCUAUAUAGGGUUCCCAAAAUAAAAGCAAGGCACUCUUGAGACAACAUUUGCCUGCUCUGCUUUAUUGUGCACAGGAGAAAUGUAUGUUUAUUUGAUUGCGGUGUGGAAGUACAAUUCAACUGCAGGUAAUUAUCGUUAGUAAGUGUAUUUAAUACUUGGUAUUUGUAGAGACUUAGGCAAUCCAUGCAACAUGAUAGCAAAGCUCAGAUAGUGACUAUCAGUAUCAGUAAAACAACACAGGUAAUAAAACUAUUUCCUCCAUUUUUCUUUUUACUUCAUUUUAAAUGGACAGCUUUUCAUCAGUGCUCACUGAUCUACAGUCUUGUGUUGUGCGUAAAUGUGUUGUCUCAUAUUGAAUGUCUUCAUAGUACUGUAUGUGAUGUCUAUUUAAAGGCAGUUCUUAGAGAUGCUGUCAGAUCAGUUUUGCUGUGUUAAGCCCAUACUUGAAAGCACACAAUCAGAUAUGUGAAAUAACAAAGAACAACAAUUGAAGAUAACUAAUAAACUACUCCUUGUUUUAUGCAUUUUCCCUUAUAUUAGAAUGUAACUCAAGGGAGACGUUUUUACACCACAAUUUAAUGUCGCCUUACUGUGAGUUGAUAUGCAGUCUGAAAAGGGGGAAAGUAUGUAAGUGCUUGUUUGUGAGGAAAAUGUGAUCGCAGAUGGUUGGCAACAUGGCCAGUGACAUGCGGCAAAUGCACUUUGGUACAAACCCCGUUUCCAUAUGAGUUGGGAAAUUGUGUUGGAUGUAAAUAUAAACGGAAUAAAUUGGUUUACAAAUCCUUUUCAACCCAUAUUCAAUUGAAUGCACUACAAAGACAAGAUAUUUGAUGUUCUGAUGUUUUUUUUGCAAAUAAUAAUUAACUUAGAAUUUCAUGGCUGCAACAUGUGCCAAAGUAGUUGGGAAAGGCAUGUUCACCACUGUGUUACAUGGCCUUUCCUUUUAACAACACUCAGUAAACGUUUGGGAACUGAGGAGACACAUUUUUUAAGCUUCUCAGGUGGAAUUCUUUCCCAUUCUUGCUUGAUGUACAGUUUAAGUUGUUCAACAGUCUGGGGGUCUCCGUUGUGGUAUUUUAUGCUUCAUAAUGCGCCACACAUUUUCAAUGGGAGACAGGUCUGGACUACAGGAAGGCCAGUCUAGUACCCGCACUCUUUUACUAUGAAGCCACGUUGAUGUAACACGUGGCUUGGCAUUGUCUUGCUGAAAUAAGCAGAGGCGUCCAUGGUAACGUUGCUUGGAUGGCAACAUAUGUUGCUCCAAAACCUGUAUGUACCUUUCAGCAUUAAUGGCGCCUUCACAGAUGUGUAAGUUACCCAUGUCUUGGGCACUAAUACACCCCCAUACCAUCACAGAUGCUGCCUUUUCAACUUUGCGCCUAUAACAAUCCGGAUGGUUCUUUUGCUCUUUGGUCCGGAGGACACGACGUCCACAGUUUCCAAAAACAAUUUGAAAUGUGGACUCGUCAGACCACAGAACACUUUUCCACUUUUUAUCAGUCCAUCUUAGAUGAGCUCAGGCCCAGCGAAGCUGACGGCGUUUCUGGGUGUUGUUGAUAAACGGUUUUCGCCUUGCAUAGGAGAGUUUUAACUUGAACUUAGAGAUGUAGCGAACAACUGUAGUUACUGACAGUGGGUUUCUGAAGUGUUCCUGAGCCCAUGUGGUGAUAUCCUUUACACACUGAUGUCGCUUGUUGAUGCAGUACAGCCUGAGGGAUCGAAGGUCACGGGCUUAGCUGCUUACGUGCAGUGAUUUCUCCAUAUUCCCUGAACCCUUUGAUGAUAUUAAGGACUGUAGAUGGUGAAAUCCCUAAAUUCCUUGCAAUAGCUGGUUGAGAAAGGUUUUUCUUAAACUGUUCAACAAUUUGCUCACGCAUUUGUUGACAAAGUGGUGACCCUGGCCCCAUCCUUGUUUGUGAUUGACUGAGCUUUUCAUGGAAUCUACUUUUAUACCCAAUCAUGGCACCCACCUGUUCCCAAUUUGCCUGUUCACCUGUGGGAUGUUCCAAAUAAGUGUUUGAUGAGCAUUCCUCAACUUUAUCAGUAUUUAUUGCCACCUUUCCCAACUUCUUUGUCAUGUGUUGCUGGCAUCAAAUUCUAAAAAGUUAAUGAUUAUUUGCACAAAAUUUUUUUUUUAUCAGUUUGAACAUCAAAUAUGUUGUCUUGUAGCAUAUUCAACUGAAUAUGGAUUGAAAAUGAUUUGCAAAUCAUUGUAUUCCGUUUAUAUUUACAUCUCCACAAUUUCCCAACUCAUAUGGAAACAGGGUUUGUAUAUGGCAACUAGUCUAAGCGACUUAUGAUUGUAGCUGAUGCUGAGUGAACUCAGUCGGCACUGGUUAAAUGCACUUUGAGAGAGAACGAUGAAAGAUGCAGGGUUGAUAUUUCAUUAAUAUGAAAAAUCUAUACAAAAGCUUCUCUUGUAAAUAGUUACCAAUAUGUGAUUCUUUCUUCUUACCCUGAGGAUAGCCUUGACCUUUUUUGUCAGUUAUACAUCCAUGCUUAUUUUCCUAUGCAACCAUUUUUAUGUGGUGUUUUCCGCUAUGUCUUAACCUGAACUGUUAGCUAUGAAUGUUUGCAUGCAUGGACAACUGAAACAUUUGUCUGUUUAACCAUAGAACCACUAUUUUAUUAAAAUCAAUGCUCAAU